AUGAUCAGUGUCGUCAAGUCUCCAGCACACGCUCCCCUCAUUUUCAAACAACGACUUGACCCGACAGUCCUCUCUGUCACCGCCGAGGUUACAAUCACGCUAUUCUCCAGCGGGAGGAUGAAUCCACUGAUCGCCCCCGGGGCCGAGUGCUUCACCUGCACUAUUAGCAAUUGGGCUGACCAAUUAGUGGUGACAGGAAACAUCGAGAAAGAAACGAGCAGGGCAGGGCAGGGGCAGGGCAGGAAAGCUCCGAGAUUCAACCCCCCCCCCCCCUCCCCCGGUGAGGCACAGAAACUCCACGGCGUCUUCUUGACGCUCGCGUACAGGCAACAGGCAGAGGCAGACCUCAGCUCAGAGGAGAGGCAGUGUCCGGCAUCAGAGAUCGUCAUUUGGCAGAUGCGCCCCGGAAGCCCGAGCAGCCGAAGCGACACCGACGAGUAA